AUGGAGAACCUUCCCACAGAUAUAACUGAAAAUAUACUUUUUCGCUUAUCUAUGGAAGCUAGGUUACAGAUAAAACCAGUAUGCAAAACAUGGAGAAACCUCAUCGGUUGUAAUAAAACCGGUCUCUUGUUCGCAUUUGCAGAUGUUUAUGAUGAUAUGGUACCUGAUUCAAGAACAGAUUUACAACUCUGUUAUGGAGAUCGACAAGAAUUAAAUCCCGAUAAUGAUCAAUACUGCUCCAACAAAACACUUACAAAGUUGGACAGUAUAAAAUACAUUUUGCAACCAUUGCAUUGUAUUUCUGAUAAUCACAUGGUCGGUUCAUGCAACGGUUUGGUUUGUCAUUACUUAAAUAAUCAAGACACCAAAGGUACUAGUGGUGGUAUCUGCAAUCCAGUAACAGGAGAAUCCUUUGUCCUUCCGAGACCAAAAAGACCAAAAUAUGUUGGAUGGUUCGUACUUGGAUUUGGAUACCUUCCUUCCACCAAUGAGUAUAAGGAUGUCAGAUGGUGUUGCGAGUGGUUAAAUAGUGGGUGGCAGGGAUAUGUGGAGGUAUGUACUCUUGGCUCUCAAAGUGGGUGGAGAGGAAUGGAAAACGUCCCUUACAAAAUGCAAUUUUCGCAAUCAGGUCUCUUUGUUAAUGGAGCAAUUCAUUGGAUUUGUGAGACAGGCAGAAAGAUGUGUAAGAUUGUCGCCUACGACCUAUCGGAUGAGAAAUUCAAGAAUGUAUCAUCACCUCCUUUUGAUUUUUUUAAGAGAGGUGAUGGCGUCAGUGGUAGACUCGAGCUAAUGGGGGGAAACUUGUGUGCAAUAGUGUAG